AUGUUGGAUCCACUAUUGAUAUCAGGUCUAUACUCUUUUCAACAGUAUGCUACACGUAAGCGUGUAAACAAUACAUUCGAGAGAGGUCAUAUUCCAACUGCGGCAUCAACAUCAUCGUCAUCAACAUCAUCAUCAGCCAACUCCGAAGUUGGCAAUGUAAUACAAUCAAUAAUACAAAGAGUACAAUCAAAUGGAGGUGGAAGAGAGGGCAAGGCAUUCAUUGUAUGUGGAAUCGCAUCGGUCGACGUCAAGCUGUCACUCAACAACAUCAACAUCAACAUUGGCAAUUGCAAUGGCAAUGGCAAUUGCAAUGGCAAUGGCAAUGACAUGGAAUCAUCCAAGAAUGGAGGAGGCGUCGUGUAUAUAUCAUGUCCAGAUGAUAAGGACUUUGUACGAGAGUUAUCCAAUGUAUUUCAACUUGAACGACAUGACAAGUAUUCACAAAUUCUACUCAAGUAUAUGAGUGGUGAAGGUGAUGAUGAAGAAGACGAGGCCCACGAGGAUAAGGAUGGAGAUGAGGAGGCGGAUUCAAUCGAUGACGAUCAAUCAAAGUACUAUAAAGAGAUAAUGUCAAUGGUUAGUGAGGCCGCUCAGAGGUACACUGCUGGACAUGGACAUCCUCCAAUACUCAUCAUUGACAAUGUUAAUCACUUGGCUCAUCACUCCCCAUCAAUAUUCCGAGACCUCCAAGACUAUGCCAAGAUUCACGCCGACCUCAAUGACCUAAUAGUCGUAUUCACAACCAACGAUGCGACCCAUCAAUCAUUGUUCUCACUUCCAUUCACUCAUCGAUGCUCAAUCGAAUUGAUGACCAUUCAUUGA